GAAUGCCAACAGCACGGAGUCCUUGAUUGCUUGUGAGCAUCAGUGGACGACGAUACUCCAAGGCAUGAUCUUUGUGCCUACGGAAGCGCAGGCAGACCCGACACCGGCGGAGGCAAAGAGAAGUAACCUGGCUAACUUGCUGCUGGGCAUGAUGAGAGGUAUUAUGUGGAAUAAUACACUGCUGCAUUCACAUCUGCGCACGGACGCGACGCAGCGACAAACAUACAAGAACGAUAUGACUGCGUUAACAACUGCUAUCUACACAGAGACAAGGCAGCAGCAGCAACAACAUCAUCUGUUGAAUUCCACUAUCACACGCGUCAACAGCAUAGAGGCUAACGCCUCAGCAGCGCCAGGCUGCACGACAGAAGUGACGAAGCAACUCAACGAGCGCAUCGAUCACGUCGCCACCAUCAUCGGCGACAUAAGUACUUUCAACGGACCAGACUCGAUCAGCAGCACGAUGGCCGCCAUCAAGAUGGACAUCACCAAACUACAGACGAGACCGGAAGCCGCUACAAAGACGUUCAAGAUGCCGCACUUCGACAUCAGCAAGUUCGACGAUUGCAACAAGUCGGACGCCUUGUCAUGGUGGCAACGCUUCCUCACGGAAGCAUCAUGCCGCAUGGUCCCGGCGGACGACAUGUUGAAGGCACUAUAUCUGCAACUGAUUAGAGGAGCGCAGGGAUGGAUGAACCACCUAGCGGCUACACACAAGUGCACUAUCGCCGAACUCCACACGCACAUUACGUGGAAGGAGUUCGAGCAGCUAUGGUUCACCAGAUUCAUGGUCUGCAACGUCGUGAAAAUGGCCAUGAACGAGGUCUACACAUGCUCUCAAGGGAACAUGCCAAAGCGAGACUGGGCAUCAAAAUGGCAGAAGAUAGUGACCACGCCAGGCUUCGACUUGACGUUCCCUAAUCAACGAUCCGAAUUCUUCUCGAGAUCGUGCGCAGGAUUGCGGUCGGCACUUGGCAACGAGUACGACUAUACUACGUUCCAGGCCAUUCUGGAUAGAACGAACUUAGUCAUCCAAACGGACGACAAGGCCGCUAACGAGAGGCAAUCCCAGCCGCAUUAUGUGGCUAAACAGGCCUAUCAACGUCCGACACAUAACAAUGCCGUGUUUUCUGAGGAAAUCGACGACCACCACGCUGCGGCAGCAUCCUCGAGUGAUGGAGGAAUGGUCGCAGCACUCCCGCCGAAGCUUCCGAAGAGAGUUCGCAAGAACAAGGCGACACAAGAGACAGCGGCGACGGGAGCUGGGCAGCAGCCAUGGACGGCUUAUAAGAUCACCAAGGAGGUCUAUGACCUUCGUCAAAAGUACGCAUACUGCCUAUGGUGCAACAGUGUAGUACACACUACCGCACAAUGCCCGGACAAGGGCAAGGCACGCGUACCCCGUCCAGCCAACUCGGGAAACUGAGUUACGCAAGGAGAGGGGCGACGUCUCUCCUCACUCCGCCGGACCCGGUUGCCUUGCUAGCAAUCGAUGUCACCACCGGGGAG